CGUCGGCUCAUGGCUGAACAUGACAGGUGCAGUGGUCCGAUUCAUAGGUGCGUCCCUGCCAACAGGCCAGGCCUCCGGCAGGUACCCUGUGGUGCUCGUGGGACAGACGUUCGGUGCACUGGCCCAGCCCCUCAUCAUCUUCACCCCCACCAAGCUCGCGGCACUGUGGUUCCCCGAGCACCAGCGCGCCAUUGCCAACAUGCUGGCCUCCAUGUCUAACCCUCUGGGGCUGCUCCUGGCCAACAUCCUGUCCCCUCUGCUGGAGGACUACGGAGGAGUGCCCAUCAUCGUAAGUGACACCCAGUCUCCUGCCCUCUCCUGUCUCCUUUCCUCUCCUCUCUCUGCCCUAACCUCCUCUUCUGUGCUGACCUCCUCCCCUCAGACCCUCAGAUCCUGACAUACACAGGGUCCUGUCUUGCCCCUGAUCUUAGCUCAAGUGCAUGUACUUCUAAACCAGAAGUGUGUCGUGUCUGAACAUCAGGUGGAGCAGAGCAGACUGAGGGCAGGUGUGACACUUUCAGUGAACUGCCAGAGCUAUAAAAAUAAUAAUCAAAUAAUCAAACUAGUCUAUUGAAAAACAACAUGUAACAUGCUCAAGGCCUCUUUUAUUCGGAAAUAAACGCUUAACGCUUAUUCAGAACAUGUUUGUGUGCUGUGCGGGAGUCGUCCAGAUGCCCUCCCUCGCCUGCUCCCUGUAUCGACUCAGCUCUGCUCUAGAAUUUGGUUUGAUCUGGGUCUGUACAAAAGCUGCUCAUUCACAUGAGGCCGUUUACAGUGAUGUUCUUAAGUGUGUUUUCUUGCCCUGUCUACAUCCUAAUGCUGCGAUGUUGGAUUUCCUCACAUUCUCUUACUCUUUCUGUCACCAGCUCCAUUUAACUUUGUGACCCAAUGUGUUGCUUUGAUUAGUUUAUACAGUUAGUCGCCAGUAGGUAGGUGACCAUUAGAACCAUAGAAAACUGCACAGAGCUGUGGAGCGUCCUGACUCUAACAGUCUGAGUCUGAGUCUGCACAUUCAUAUAUACUCUACCGGUCAAAAGUUUUAGAACACCACACUUUUUCCAGUUUUUUGCUGUUUACUGUUGACCAAAACUUACUCUAAACUUUAGAUUGAUGUGUGUUCAUCUUUGGCAGAUAGAACAGCUGAACACACUCAUGGCUCGUUCUUUCUACAACACAAAUCAAAUAUUCUUCAGAAAGUUCUUCCCAAGUCUGUUGCAGAAGUUUCCAUAAAUGUGUGGCACUUGUAGGUUGCUUCACUCUUCUGUCCAGUUCAUCCCAAACCAGCUCCAUGGGGUUUAAGUCUGGACACUGUGCUGCUGCUGGACACUCCAGGUUUUCAAGUUUUACCAUCUUGUUCUUUUUUCCUGAGGUAGUUUUGGCAGAGCUUGGACUUGUGUUUUGUUCUUUUAUCUUUUAUCUUUUUUUAACCUCUGUCUGUUCAGUUCUUACCUUUGUACCAUUUCAUGCUCUUCAUUGAACUUGCACGACAUGAACUACAAUAAACAUCUAGAAACAUUAUGGUGUUCUAAAACUUUGGAUCUGUAGUGUAGCUCAGUGCUAUAACAACAGAACAGACGCACGUCUCGUAUGUGCUGCUCUCUUGGCAGCAGUGAUCAGUAGAGCUUUGUAUAGCGGCUCAAGAGAUGUAUACUGACAUGAGUACUGCUCUGUACAGACCUGCACAUCCUGCUCUGUGCUCCUGGCACAUCAGUCACUUCUCUCUCCCUGUGUGCUCAUGGUUUAAUCCAUGUCUAAACACAAAGCGGUAACAUCAGAUACAUUUAUAUGAUCAUAAACAUAUUCCAUAAUUGGCGAGACAUCCACCUGUGGGACCAAAUGCAGUGGACCUGAGAGAUGAGAAUGUGAGCGGUAGCAGCAGUGGACACUCAUACCUCAGGUGCGAGAUGGGAGCAGACUGCGGGACAGGCGGGAGCGGGUGUGACCAGAGGGAGAGCAGCGGUCAGCAGGUCUGCUGUGGGGUGAGGAGUGCAUGAGAUAGACACUGGUCUGCUGCGUAAUGGGAGGUGAAU